AUGGUUCCCGACGACAUGAUGCGAGGCAAGACUGUCUUGUUCGGCGCCACUCUUGCCGGCGCCGCUGUCUUCGUGGCCCGCCGCACGCUGCGCCCCACGCCGUCAAACAUCAACAUGAAGGCCCAAUGGUCUGCGAUCCAACAGACCGAUACGCGCAUUCCCGGGUCUCCGGUGCCUCAUGGCCGGGCGGCUCGCCAGCAGGCCAUGCAUGAGCAGCAGCGGCGGGAGCAGUCGUCGACUUCAUAA